UCGACCACAUGGCGGACAAAAGCGUUUCACGGGAGGAACCCUGCAUCCCGCUCGCUCCCUCUCAAUGACCGCCUCCGGACGAGCAACCGUGCAAGUCUUGCGACAAAGUACCCUGUGCCAAACGCAACGCACACAGGAUGCUUUUCGUGGGCUGGUCACCCUUGAAACAGCCCACCACCCUGUCGUCUGCCUUCUACCCAAUCCCGAACCAAUCGAGUGCGCGUUGUUGACAUGUAACGUUUGUACUAAUUGGCUGUCGCAACGACCCAGUCGUUUUGCGGCAGAACGGGAUACGGCCGGCUCGACCCCCACGCCAUUCAACACACCUCUACCCACAUUGCCGAAUCCCCCCUCCCUGCGUUACCAAUCCCUCACCACCUCUACGCACUCAUUGGGCAGACAAAGAAGUUCUCCCGUAUUCACAUCCUUCCCUCCCGGCCAUGUGGACGGCCACGGGCAUCCUUUUCGUUUGCAAUGAGAGCCGCCCUGAGCAAUGGCUCUCGCACACUGCAUACGUCCGCGGACACAUUCUCACUCUUCAGCCUUUAUACUUGAUCGGCGCCAGCAGCAAGUCCAAGAGCAUCGUACUCGACCUCCGCACCGUCGAUUUGGCCGAGGUCGAACUGGCUGAGACUGACCACGCGUUGUUUGGGGAGACAGGCGUCGAGCUGCGGUCGAGGGUGGACGGCGUGGCAGAGAACCCGAUUCUGCUCGGCGUCCGCCAGCCCGGUCUGAAUGAUUUGGCUCGAUGGAUGUCGGUUUUUCGUCAAGCGGCUGUCCGCCACAUCAGAAUCACACUCGCAAGCGAGCUGGACGGCACCGUGGCGUCUGUCGCGCCGGCUCCUCUCAUUGCCGAGCCGGAGCCAUCUUCGACCUGGGCUCUCCUGCCGCCGCAUAGCCCCUCUGCUGACUGGCGCGCGGUGUCAACAACCGAAGACCAUACUGACGACUGUGCCUGGUACCGCCGCUACUUUGCCAACCAGGCUCACGCCAACUUUGUCGCGGCGCUGUCGCCACGGCAGGGUGGUGCAGUCGUGGUCUCGCUCAAGCGCGAGGCGACCAAGGUCAAGAAUGGAUUUGGCGUCAUCCGAGCCAUUCUCUGGAGCCUGGGUGUGGUGCAUCCAUUUGUCAUCGCCGCCCCUGACUCGUUCCGCUCCUUCCGGCGCGAUCUGCAGACGGUGCUGAGCCGACGCGAUCCGCACAACCUCGGUCCGAAAUGGCGCCGCUUCAAGUGCGUGGUGGGAGCCGGCCUUGUCCGCCGCCUCCUUGCCAUCGAGCGGACGCUGAGUGAGGACGCGUGCCGCGUCGGGCUGAUGUAUGCCGCUGACGGCGACGUGGUGGAUCCGCCGCCGCUGGGCCACGACCCAGUCUUCGACGAUCUGGCCGAUGCCCUUGCGGAGUACGGCAUUGCCAUCAUCAGACCGGAUACCGCGAGUGCCAUGCUCGCCGUCAUCGUCUUGGUCUCGGACGGCUGCGAGAUCUCCGUCGACGUGCUCAAGCAUUCGUUUGUGACUUGCUGUCUCGCCGUCUCCCCCGACGGUCUCAACACGUAUCAGCUGACCUUGGCGGCCAAGAAAGGCUGCCUUUCAGGCACCGGAGCUGUCGUAGGCUCGCAUCUCGAAGGCUCGCCGAGCGUGGCUGCCGCUGCGCUCCUGGCUGCGGCGUCGAACGCGGCGCGCAUGUGCGUCCGCUGCAGUCAAGCUGACAACUUCAUCUCGCGAGCUACGCGGACUCGCGACCUUCUUCUUGAUGCCGCUGUCCUUGCUGUCAACGAGGGCCGUGUAGGCUUUGAAGUUGGUCCUGUCUGCGGCCUCUCUGUCCAUGGAACUGAUGCCACCGAUCGACCGCCGCUUGUGCUGCCUAAGCGCGAUGUCCUCACCGCGCUCCCACUCGACAUGGUCUCGGAGGGCCAAGUCCUCGCUUGGGGCAUGUGGCAGAAUCAGAUCAUCUACUCGGACGUCUCCGGCAUUCAUCUGGCAGGAGGCGGGCAUGAUUCUGGGGCAACCAUCACCACGGCUGCAGCGUCAAUGAUCCACGUUGUCGAGUGCCUCAACGUGGCCGUCAUCAAGUUCAAGGACCUCGCUCUUGGCGUGGGCUUUGUCUUUCUUGACUCGAUCGGCCUGUGGCUUGUCCACUCCGUCCCACAAACUGCGCACUCAACCUCGGUUGUCGUCUCGCACUCGAACCAGGCCAACCACCCUGUCUUCCUCUCUGUGGUUAGCGAGACACAGCUCCGGAUCUUCAAGUGGAUUGACAACAGGUUCUCACGUGCGGCCCGACGGGACUUGGGCACCGCAGCUCGUCUCAGUGCCAUCGACAGGUCACAUAUUGCCGUCACACUCCCGACCGCCGUUUUUGAGGUCGGUCUCGGUCCGUCCUACACCCUUCGCACCAUCGCCACCUCCGACUACCCCAACGGUGACAUGGCCGUUCUUGCGAUCUCUCGCUCGCGGAUCCUCGUCCUCGACGGCUUGGUCAGCGUCAUGGCCGACCGCGAGGCACUCGAUCGCUCCCAACCGACUGUCAUGGUCCACUGGGUCGGCACGCCGCAGCAAGUCGUGGAGCUUGGACCUUACCUUGUUGGCGCAAGCGUGGCCGGCCUCGAGAUCCGCAGCUCAAGCAACGGCGCACUUGUGCAGGUCAUGAAUAUGCCACGCCCUGUCUCUAUCCUCUGGCACGACACGAGCGGGUUGGUGGUCUCGGCAGGCGGGGCCUUUACCACAUCGUUGCCGCGCCCGACAAUGUCGGGGCCGAGCCCGAGUCGGAUCUCGUCGACCUGAUCGAGUGCGAUGUCCACACCAGGGCAGAGUCGGCGCUCAUGCACCAGCUGCGAUGCAACCGCCCAGUGAUAGCGCCAGCCCCAGUCUCAAGGCGCUCGAUCUCAUCGCUUGGGAGCGAGAGCAGCGAGCUCGGGAUGUCGACGUCGAGUAGCUCGGGCGACAGCGACAUUUGCCUCUCGGUGGUCGUCGACAAGCCUUCCGAUUUUGGAUGGACGCCGGAUACGCUUUCCGUUCCGCUGGUCACGCCGCCGAUGGUGACAAGCCUCUUCCUUCAACCGUCGCCGCGGGCGGCGGCGGCGUCAUCACAGCCGACCACGCCAUUGUUUGUUUUGGCACGUGUUGCGCCCAGAUCCGAAGUCUCAUCGGGCUCGGAAGAGUCCGAGAUGAGCUUUCCUUCCGACUCGUCGGUCGGCUCAGUCGACGCCAAUAUCAACUUGCCGACAAUGUCUCAUCCAGCAGGACUCCAGGUGGCGUUGCACAACCUUGCCGCCAUUGGAGAUAGCCUUGCGCCAUCUAAGAACCGUCGGGUGCGCAUGGCUCGGAGCACUGUCGACGCACCUGAGCUCUGCGAUCCGUCCCAUCGGCUGUGGGGUCUGGUCAGGCCGGUUGAGCCCGCAAUCGACAUCAACCGGGAGUCUUUAGACUUUGCCAUGAGCCUCGCCAGCGGUCUCGGCAUCGAGUGGUCGUCCGACUCGGACAGCUCGUCGUCGUCGGACCGGUUCUACGAAGGCGACUCGUCGUCAUCGUCGUCCAAUUCAAGCUCAGAGGCGUCGCCUUCUUCAUCAAUGUCGUCAUCGUCGUCCACGACAGCCGGUCUGGUCUCGCCGUUGAACGGUUUGCGGCUGGCAGGCGGUGGCCUUUCGCCGUGCCACUCCAGGUCGACAUCGACAUCGACGACUAUAUCCGGCCUUCAUGCGUUUUCCUCCAGCAGUUCGUCGUCAUCGGCACUCUCCCCCACCGUCAUCCGUGUCCAACCGUCGCCGCCCCCGUCGUCGACAUGGCACGAGAGCGGAUUCCUCUUUGGGUAGCGAGCGAGGACUGUCAGUAGUUAAAGGAGACACGUUACGA